AUGUCAGACACUAGUUUAUCUCUCGAACCGUAUGGGGACAUUCCCCUUCGACAAGCCCAGUGCAAUAUCGGAACUAUCUCUGCUCUCGUUGAUAGCCUGGCCCGAGCAAGGAUAAUUGCUGUCAUUGCACUGAAAAUACUCUAUGAUGAACCGCUCAAUGCUCAUCGCGAGAGAUGGAUUUGUCCCUUCUCCAAAUGCAAGGAACUAUUCGCGAACCCCAAAGACAUGUUGUUCCAUGCCGCAACGUGCACUCAUGUUUCCGCCAACGACGCCUACUGUAAUUGCUGCGGCUCGUAUUAUAACUUUUCUGGCCAAGGCCCGGCCUCUCUGACUAGCGGCAAUGAGAACGCGCCUGAGAUCUUAAGAGAUCCAGCUGCGGCAAAAGGCAAGCAAAAUAUCGUUGGUCUCUCGUCUAUUUGCUCUGGGGAGGCUGCAGAUGUUGGCUCUGAUCGCCGAAUCGUCGAAAGCAAUACUUCCACCAUUGCGUAUCCGAACUGUUCUGUCCCCACACCAAUCAUGGGAUUCCAUAUUCAACAACAUCACACUCAGUCAACAGUCCCUAUCAUGCCAUCGGAAGACCAUGCGGAGCCUAUUAACUCGGAUCAUGACGAUAUCUGGAUGUCACUGAUGUCACAUGUCCCUUCAGCCGUUUACCAGGACAACACACAGCAAGAGUACAAUGGUACCGCUUCACAUACCCACAGAGAGAGUCCAAGUCAUCCAUUACAGCACUAUGAAGUAGCCUAUCAGGCAUCUCUAUGGGACGUGGACACUCGACAAACCGAGGCCGAAUGGAACACACUUGGCCAGCUUGCCAUGCAUCAACAAGCACCAAAAGCACCCAUAGUCAAUGUACCAAACCUUUCGUUUCCACUCCACAGAUUUCAAUUCGAGUCAGGUGGUGAGGCUUGUAGCUCUCGUAUCCACCAUUUGCAUCCGCAAAGUGAUGUUAUACCCAACGUCGCACCACUUCUACGAUAUAACAGUGAAGAAUACGUCAACCUGUUGCACUUCUCACCGACAUAUUCCAACCAGCCCGAUGUAGAAAUGACAUGCGAUGAUAUCCCGGAAUUGGGGGCAAUGGGAGGCUAUUUAGCGACAGCCUCCUCAUCAGCGACAGCCUCACCAGGAUUCCCUAGCUUCGGUGACAUUGAUAAUACGGAGGUCCGCUGCCCUGAGUGUAAUUAUCAACCAAAAGGCGCAGACGCCACCAAAGGAACAAGGUUGAAAAGACAUAUCAAGGAGAUACAUAAGAAAACAAUUCGUCCGAAAAGAAGGACUUGGUAA